UCUCGCUUUUCGUCUGCGCCACAGUCUUCCGCUAUACCAAAAUGUUCAAAUUCCUGCCUCUGUUUGUGCUCGCUGUCCUAGCUGCCGGCGCCGUUGCCUUGCCCGUGGAUAAGGAAAGGCCGGAAGUGGCCAUUCUUGAGUCAUCGGUUAAUCAAGACGCAAGUGGCUCCUACCAUCUGAAGCUGGAGACUGGUGAUGGCACAAGCCGUGAUGAAGUGGCCCAGGUCGUAAACGAAGGCACCGAUGAGCAGGCUCUCGAAGUCAAGGGCUCCUACAAGUACAUCGAUGAUGAAGGUCAAGAGGUGGAGGUGUUCUACACCGCUGGCGUUAAUGGUUUUGUGCCCUAUGGCAAAACCAUCAAUGCUGAUAUUACCAAGACUGCUCAGGAAGCCAAGGACUUGCCCAGAUAUACGGAAGAGGAGCUGCGUAGCCGUAAGCAAGAAUAAGCUUUAGUUUCAUAAGUUUCCAGUGCCAGCGUGAGUGAAUAAAAAAAAGUUA